UUAACCACUCAAUCCACUUCUGUAGCAUUUUCUUCUACGCUGCAAUAACUUGAUAACUCUUGUUAUGCUGCAUUUUCUUAUAGGUGAUUUCUGAAACUAUUCUAUUCUUACCUGUGAACUAAGUUAUGGCGACUAUUGUGGGAGAAGGGAUUCUUUCAGCUUCUGUGAAACUAUUGUUGCAAAAGAUUGUUUCCGGUGAGUUCAUCAACUUCUUUCGAAACAUGAAGCUCGAUGUUCCACUGUUGGAUAAGCUGAAAAUAACACUGUUGAGUCUUCAAGCUGUACUGAAUGAUGCUGAGGAGAAACAGAUCGCUAAUUCUGCUGUCAAGGAGUGGUUGAAUAUGCUGCAAGAUGCUGUAUUCGAAGCUGAAGAUUUGUUUGACGAAAUUAACACUGAGUCAUUGCGGUGCAGAGUGGAAGCUGAGUAUGAAACCCAAUCUGCUAAGGUACUCAAAAAACUCUCUUCUCGUUUCAAAAGGUUUAAUAGAAAGAUGAAUUCUAAAUUGCAAAAGUUACUUGAAAGAUUAGAACAUUUGAGAAACCAGAAUCAUGGUUUAAAAGAAGGUGUUUCCAACAGUGUUUGGCAUGGAACUCCUACAAGUUCUGUUGUGGGGGAUGAAUCUGCUAUUUAUGGCAGAGAUGAUGACAGAAAGAAACUGAAAGAGUUUUUACUUGCAGAGGAUGUUGGAGAUGGUCGAAGUAAAAUAGGAGUGAUUUCCAUUGUGGGGAUGGGAGGGCUAGGAAAAACAACGCUAGCUAAACUCCUUUACAAUGACCAUGAUGUGAAGCAGAAAUUUGAGGUAAGAGGGUGGGCACAUGUCUCCAAAGAUCUUAAUGUUGUCACUGUCACUAAAACUCUUCUUGAAUCUGUAACUUCAGAAAAAACCACCGCUAAUGAAUUGAAUAUUCUACAAGUGAAGUUGCAGCAAAGUUUAAGGAACAAAAGUUUUUUGCUAGUAUUGGAUGAUAUAUGGUAUGGAAGAUAUGUUGGUUGGAAUAGUAUGAAUGACAUCUUUAAUGUUGGGGCAAUAGGGAGUAAGAUCAUUAUCACAACACGAGAUGAAAGAGUUGCACUACCCAUGCAAACCUUUCUUUAUGUUCACCAUGUAAGAUCUUUGGAAACUGAAGAUUGCUGGAAUAUACUUGCAAGUCAUGCAUUUGUAGAAAGAAACUACCAACAACAACCUGAUCUAGAAAAAAUUGGAAGAGAAAUUGCCAAAAAGUGUGAUGGGAUACGAUUAGCUGCAAUAGCACUUAGGGGUCUUCUUCGCACCAAAUUGUCACAAGAUUAUUGGAAUGAUGUUUUAAAAAGUAGUAUUUGGGAAUUAACAAAUGACGAGGUUCAACCAUCUCUGCUAUUGAGCUAUCGUUAUCUUCCUGCUCCUUUAAAAGGAUGUUUUGCUUAUUGUUCAAUUUUUUCGAAGAAUUCAAUCUUAAAGAAAAAAAUGGUAGUUCAGUUGUGGAUUGCAGAAGGUUUAGUACCUCAGCCUCAAAGUGAGAAAAGUUGGGAAAAAGUAGCCGAAGAAUACUUUGAUGAACUAGUGUCGAGGUGUCUGAUACGUCAAAGGUCCAUCGAUGAUCUGGAAGUAAGCUUUGAAAUGCAUGACCUCAUCAAUGAUUUAGCUACGAUAGUUUCAUCUCCUUAUUGUAUUAGGUUGGAAGAACAUAAGCCACAUGAAAGGGUGCGACAUUUGUCAUACAAUAGAGGGAUAUAUGACUCGUAUGAUAAAUUUGAUAAAUUGGAUGAUUUAAAAGGUCUACGAACCUUCUUAUCCUUGCCAUUACAAGAAGUUCAGUGGCUUUAUUAUUCCGUGUCAGGGAAGUUAGUUUGUGACUUGUUGCCACAAAUGAAACAGUUACACGCGUUGUCUCUGUUAAAGUACUCAAAUAUCAUUAAACUACCAAAAUCUAUUGGAAGUUUGAUAUACCUACGAUACUUAAAUCUCUCUGACACUAUGAUUGGAAGGUUGCCCUCUGAAACAUGCAAGCUUUACAAUCUGCAGACCUUGUUGUUGACAAAUUGUUGGAAUCUCACUAAUUUGCCGAAGGACAUGGGGAAAUUAGUGAGUCUACGCCACCUUGACAUCAGAGGCACUCAAUUGAAGGAAAUGCCCGUACAACUCUCCAAACUAGAAAAUCUCCAAACCCUGUCGAGCUUUGUUGUUAGUAAACAAGACAUUGGAUUGAAGAUUGCAGAUUUGGGAAAAUAUUUCCAUUUACAGGGAAGACUUUCCAUCUCACAGCUUCAAAAUGUAACUGAUCCAUCCCAUGCUUUUCAAGCAAAUUUGGAGAUGAAGAAACAAAUGGACGAGUUGGUACUAGGAUGGUCAGAUGAUACCCCUUCAAAUUCACAAAUACAAAGUGCCGUGUUUGAACAGUUGCGUCCGUCGACAAAUUUGAAGAGUCUUACCAUCUUUGGCUAUGGUGGAAACAGCUUUCCAAAUUGGUUGGGUUGUUCUUUAUUUGACAACAUAGUGUAUUUGAGGAUUGCGGGUUGUGAAAAUUGUUCAAGACUGCCACCCCUCGGACAAUUAGGUAAUCUCAAAAAACUCUUUCUUGGUAAUCUAAAAUCAGUAAAGAGUGUUGGUUCUGAGUUCUAUGGAAGGGAUUGUCCUUCGUUUCAACCAUUUCCUUUAUUGGAGACUCUAAGAUUUCAUACCAUGCUAGAAUGGGAAGAAUGGACGUUGACUGGAGGUACAUCUACAAAGUUUCCUCGCCUAACACAACUUUCGCUGAUACGUUGUCCUAAACUCAAGGGAAACAUACCCCUUGGACAAUUAGGUAAUCUAAAAGAACUCAUUAUUGUAGGGAUGAAAUCAGUGAAGACACUUGGUACUGAGUUCUAUGGAAGUAGUAGUUCUCCUUUGAUUCAACCAUUUCUCUCCUUGGAGACUCUGAGGUUUGAGGAUAUGCAAGAGUGGGAGGAAUGGAAACUGAUUGGAGGUACAUUGACAGAGUUUCCUAGUCUAACACGCCUGUCACUAUAUAAAUGUCCGAAACUCAAAGGAAGCAUACCGGGAAACCUUCCUCGUCAUACAAGUUUGUCAGUGAAAUGUUGUCCCGAACUUGAAGGGAUUGCCCUCGACAACCUUCCUUCCCUUAGUGAACUUGAGUUAGAAGAGUGUCCUCUACUGAUGGAGCCAAUACAUUCCGAUGACAAUAGCAACAUUAUAAUUACAAGCACAUCAUCAAUUGUAUUCAACACUCUUCGAAAAAUCACCUUUAUAAAUAUUCCAUCUCUAACUUCCUUCCCAAGAGAUGGUCUGUCCAAAACAUUACAAUCUUUGAGUAUCUGUGAUUGUGAGAAUCUGGAGUUCCUUCCUUAUGAAUCAUUUCGCAAUAACAAAUCACUAGAGAAUUUGAGCAUAUCCUCUAGUUGUAAUUCAAUGACAUCGUUUACCUUGUGCUCUCUCCCUGUCCUCAAAACUCGAUAUUAACGGUUGUAAAAAUUUGAAGUCGA